AUGUUUCAUUUGGCAAAAGGGUUAUAUUCAAAUUGGAAUCGUAAAGAACAUUACUCAGUACUGAUUCUUGGCUUAGAUAAUGCAGGUAAAACUACCUUUUUGGAAACACUUAAAAAGCAAUACUCUCUAACCUCAAAGGAUUUGGAGAAAAUUGUUCCUACUGUUGGACAAAAUGUUGCACAAAUACCAAUGGCAGAUAACAAAUCUAUACUUAAGUUCUGGGAUGUUGGUGGUCAACAAAAUUUAAGAUCAAUGUGGCCAGAGUACUAUCCACAAAGUCAUGGUAUAAUAUUUGUUGUAGAUAGUACUGACAGACAACGUAUAAACGAAUGGAAGGAUGCAUUACAAUCUAUUAUUAUGGAUGAUGAAAUUGAAGGUAUUCCUGUUUUAAUGCUUGCAAAUAAGCAAGAUAGAGAAGAUACGAUGGAAAUUCAAGAUAUAAAACAAAUAUUUAACCAAAUUGCUGAGCAUUUAGGAGCAAGGGAUAGUCGUGUAUUACCAGUUAGUGCACUAACAGGCGACGGUGUAAAGGACGCAGCAGACUGGCUGGUUGUAAGAUUACAAAGAAAUAAGCAAAAUAGACCACCAAACUAUAAAUAA